UGGUCUGGGGCCGGCGUAAAGAUGAGAGCGCAGAGGAUACAGGGCCGCUGGAGGCGCAGGUAACGAAGCUGGGAUACGGUGGGGCCGCCGCAGAGCUUCUUCCAAGACUUGUGCUGAAUGGAGAGAACCGAGGCGACUACGAGCCCCGGCUCCUAGCGGCGGGACUGCUGCCGGAGCCGCAGCUGCCGGGCGAAGAUGUGUCGAGCCCCGGCCGCACGGUGAAGCUGAGAGCCUUCGGGCCCCAGCAGUUCUGGGGCCCGGGAUGAGUUAGCGAGGGCAGCCGCGCGGGCCAGUUCCGACUGCUACAGGCCAAGGAGACGACAGCUGCCCACCCGCCUCUUCCGUGCAGAAGCCGCUAGCUCCUUUCCGCACCCUCCUGCCAGCGUUCCCGGCUCAGGAGACCAUGAGGUUCCGUAUCUACAAGCGGAAGGUGCUGAUCCUGACGUUAGUAGUGGCCGCCUGCGGCUUCGUUCUCUGGAGCAGCAAUGGGCGACAAAGGAAGAACGAGGCCCUCGCCCCGCCGCUGCUGGACGCUGAGCCCGCGCGUGCUGCUGGUGGUCGGGGUGGGGACCAUCCCCCAGUGUCCAUGGGCAUCCGUCGGGUCUCCAACGAGUCAGCGGCCCCGCUGGUCGCGGUGGCCCCGCCCGAGGCGGACAACUUGACGCUGCGGUACCGGUCCCUGGUGUACCAGCUGAACUUUGACCAGACGCUGAGGAAUGUAGAUAAGGCCGGUUCCUGGGCCCCUCGAGAGCUGGUGCUGGUGGUCCAGGUACAUAACCGGCCCGAUUACCUCAAACUGCUGCUAGACUCACUUCGGAAAGCCCAGGGCAUUGACAAUGUCCUCGUCAUCUUUAGCCAUGACUUCUGGUCGACUGAGAUCAAUCAGCUGAUCGCUGCUGUGGAUUUCUGUCCUGUUCUGCAAGUGUUCUUUCCUUUCAGCAUUCAGUUGUACCCCAACGAGUUUCCGGGCAGUGACCCUAGAGAUUGCCCGAGAGAUCUGGAGAAGAAUGCAGCUUUGAAGAUGGGAUGCAUUAAUGCAGAGUAUCCUGACUCCUUUGGCCAUUAUAGAGAGGCCAAGUUCUCCCAAACCAAACACCAUUGGUGGUGGAAGCUGCAUUUUGUAUGGGAAAGGGUCAAAAUUCUUCGAGACUAUGCUGGCCUCAUACUUUUCCUAGAGGAGGAUCACUACUUAGCCCCAGACUUUUACCAUGUCUUCAAAAAGAUGUGGAAAUUAAAGCAACAAGAGUGCCCUGAGUGUGAUGUUCUUUCCCUAGGAACCUAUACUGCCAGUCGAAGUUUCUCUGGCAUUGCUGACAAGGUAGACGUGAAAACUUGGAAAUCCACAGAGCACAAUAUGGGUCUAGCCUUGACCCGGGAUGCCUAUCAGAAACUGAUGGACUGCACAGACACUUUCUGUACUUAUGAUGAUUAUAACUGGGACUGGACUCUUCAAUAUUUGACUGUAUCUUGUCUUCCAAAAUUCUGGAAAGUGCUAGUUCCUCAGGUACCUAGGAUUUUUCACGCUGGAGACUGUGGUAUGCACCACAAGAAAACCUGUAGACCAUCAACCCAGAGUGCCCAAAUUGAGUCACUCUUAAAUAGUAACAAACAGUACAUGUUUCCAGAAACUCUAAGUAUCAGUGAGAAGUUCAUGGCAGCGAUUUCCCCACCUAGGAAAAAUGGAGGGUGGGGAGAUAUUAGAGACCAUGAACUCUGUAAAAGUUAUAGAAGACUGCAGUGAAAAAGAAAAACACAAUUACAAAAGCAAAAGUGACAGUCUUCUAUUUUUGAUAUUUGUCCCAACAGGACAGACAGUUGAAUAAAAGAGUUUAAGGUUUGGGUUUCUGCUUUAAUACAAAAAAAUUCUUGUAAAUGUGUCCAAUUAUAGUAAUCUUUUUCCUUUAUGUCUGAUUAAUCAAAGAUUUAAAACAAGUUUUAAUUUUGGGAGUUGGAUUUUAAAGCUUAGUCUGUGUAUCUGCUAAAGCUAAUCAUUACUCUGAGAGAAGAGGAGGAAUUUUAUUUAAAUUGCAUCUAUUAAUCUUUUUACCUGGAACUUGGUAUACAUUUCCAUUUUCAAAUUUAUUUAAAGUUGUCAUAGUAGUAACAAGUAUUACCAUGAAAUUGUUAAGUAUUAAUGGAACAAUCCCAGUUUCACUCCACACAGUUACUAGAAAAGGAUUGCUUCACUGGUUUUAUAAUUCAAAAGUUAUGUUUGUUAAACACCCUGUCAAAACAGAGUCAAUAUAAGUAUUACAGAUUCCUGUAUUAUUGUGUUAAGAUUUGCCUGUGCUUUGGAACCUUCGUAGAACACACUUUCUUUUGGAAUGUAUUUGAUAAGAAAAUUUUAACACUGUUUUCACCUCAAUGUAGAAAUACAGUGGGUUUUUUUUUUCUUUUAGUGCUGCCAAAAUAAAAUAAUCAUUUUUGCAUAAA